AGCUCGACUGAAUCCUUAGCCCUAGGGCUGCCUUUCCCUCACGUCAGAGCUCCGCCGUGAAUACAAACAAUGUCUGUGCGAAGCAGGCAGGAGGAAAGUGUGUGUGGAGCCGUGUGCAGGUGGCCAUAACGCAACCUGCCGUGAGCGUUGGAUGGAACCGGUCCUUGACGGUGCCGGUUCUCCCAGGAACCCUGGCUUCUGCUCAUACUCUGUCGGUCUCAGCUGGUUCAUGAAGCACUUUCUCCUGGAUUAUUGCCCGGGCUGGUUUUAGCCUUGUUGGUAGACGAUGUGUUGCAAUAGGGACUAUAUAUAUUGAGUCUCAGCGUAACUGAAGAAUGAGAGUGCCACAGGUACACAAGAAAGGAUGAGAUUACUGUUAUUACCAUAAAGGAGGGGAAUUCAAUCUCCUAGCAUCCUGCUGCAUCUUAUCUCCACUCUGUCUGAGUGGCAGACUGCCGCUCGCGUCCCCAUGCCCUGCCUUGUGAGUGCUGCUCGGCCCCGUGAGCCCAAAAGUUCUGCUGCGUCUGCGCUCAGGCUCCGGCUGAAGCAGGGAUAGAACAACGAGACCUGUGCCUGUGGUGGUGGAAGCAGGCCGUCCGAAGGGCCCAGAGGCCCGCUAGCAGGGGCCCGUCCUGUCCCGUCUACACGAAGAUGAACAGACUGAACUUCCAAAACAACAAAACCAUGCAGGACCGCCGCUCUGUCUGUGUCUUUCUGCCCAACGAUGACACUCUCAAUAUCAUAAUCAAUGUGAAGAGUUUGUGCCAGGAACUGUUAGUCCAGGUGUGCGACCUCCUCAGACUGAAGGACUGUCACCUGUUUGGACUCAGCGUUAUUCAGAAUAAUGAGCACAUCUAUAUGGAGCUGGAUCAAAAACUGUCCAAAUACUGCCCCAAAGAAUGGAAGCGGGAAGCCAGUAAGGGCAUUGAUCAGUUCGGCCCUCCAAUGAUCAUUCACUUCAGAGCUCAGUACUACGUUGAGAAUGGGAGGUUGAUCAGUGAUCGAACGGCCCGGUACUACUACUACUGGCACCUAAGGAAACAGGUGCUUCUCUCCCAGUGUAUCCAGAGGGAGGAGGCUUACUUCCUUCUAGCAGCCUUUGCCCUACAGGCCGACCUGGGCAACUUCAAACGGAACAAGCACCUUGGGAAGUACUUUGAGCCUGAAGCCUACUUCCCUCCAUGGGUGAUUGCCAAGCGCGGCCGCGACUACAUCCUGAGGCAUAUUCCUAACAUGCACAAGGACCAGUUUGCUCUCACAGCUUCAGAGGCGCACCUCAAAUACAUUAAAGAGUGUGCUCAGCUUGAUGAUGUCACUGUCCACUACUACAGACUCUACAAGGACAAGAAGGAAGUAGAGGCAUCUCUUACGCUGGGACUGACUUUACGUGGAAUCCAAAUAUUUCAGAACAUUGGCUCUGUAAGGCAACUGUUGUACGACUUCCCCUGGACCAACGUGGGGAAACUGGUGUUCGUGGGGAAGAAGUUUGAAAUCCUCCCUGACGGUCUGCCGUCGGCCCGAAAACUCAUCUACUACACAGGUUGUCCAAUGCGCUCUCGCCACCUGCUGCAGCUGCUCAGCAACAGCCACCGGCUCUACAUGAACCUGCAGCCGGUUCUCAAACAAGUUCGUCGGCUUGAGGAAAACGAAGAGAAGAAGCAGUACAGAGAGUCGUACAUCAGCGAUGCUCUGGAACUGGACAUAGAGCAUCUGGACAAGCACUCACGAGCCAGCGGCAGCAGCGCGGGCAGCGUUUCCCAUCACAAGCGCCUGUCCCGCCAGUCUACAACCAGCCACGGCAGCUCACACACCUCCGGUGUGGAAACGGACAGCUUCAGGGCAUUGGGUCAGACCCCACACAGGCCUCUACGGACCUGCAGCUCAUCUACAACCAGCCACGGGAGCUCACACACCUCCGGUAUCGAGAGCAGUGGCAAGGAGCGGAUAUUAGACGAUGAUGAGAUUGAGAUGCUGGUGGAUGACCCCAAAGAUUAUGAAGAGCUGCACGAGAUGGUUCUGGACCAGGAGCUGUGUAUCCACAUAACAGAGGACAUGUUGACCAUGUCUCCUGACCAGACAAAUGGAUACUCAGGACUGAUAGUGAAAGACGUCAGCUCCUCCACCUCCAGCUCCUCUGAGACUGUGGUCAAGAUGAUAGGACAGAGCAUCGAGUCUCUGCCACAGACGUCCGGAUGCAGAAAGGCCCAGUCUUCGACUGACCGGCACAGCCAGUCGCUGGACGACGUGCGGCUCCACCAGAAAGACUGCCUGCAGUGGGCGGAGCUGUGCCAGGACACCGCCCACAGCUACACGUUUGGCUGCGCUGAGGAGCUGAGCGACGGCGGCGGCUACCAGGGCCUGGCCGAGCAGCGGGCCAGCAUGAUCAGCGAGCAGCACCCCUUUCCCAUCAAGAGAACCAACAAGUACUUUUCCCUGGAUCUGACCAGCGAAGAGGUCCCGGAGUUUGUGGUGUGACAGAGCGACUCCAGGGUGACCUUUCAACUCCUCGGUGCUCAGGGAAUGUGGUGAAAUAGUGUUGGAGGGGCAGUUACACAGUAAAUGAACACGCGUUGCUGGAUGCUGGGUGAAGUUUACAACGAAUCCUGGGCUCAGGAGCAUACAAGCAAACGAGCAUCCUUCUUUACAAACGUUUUUAUUAAAAAGAGUCUCCUUCAAACUGUUUGUUAAAAUCCACAUUUUGUCUUGCUCUGCUUUACUGAGACAUAAUUAGACUGUGUGUACAAGCAGGUACAUGUACAGCGAGAAGACGCAUACGUGAGGAGCAUUUUGGAUUUUAUGUGGACAAAAAGGACGAAACCACGAGCUACGAACCAAAGACCAGAAGUGAAAGAGAAUGAAACCUCUGUGCAGCCAUGUUAGUAACAUUUUAUACUUGUGAUGGGAGUAGAUGGCUUUGUCUUCCUCUCUUCGUCAACACCACUUUGUUUUACCUCAGCAGGAAGUGCAGUGUGCCAGCUCUCGCUCUGACUGAACUCACCCGACGUGCCUUCACCACUCUAUGCACAUGUCCGACCCUCACCCUGACAAUCACACAUCCUCUGUUUAGUCCUUUGCUAAAAAAAUCCAAAGCGUUUAAAGCGCUUCGCUAAUUCCCAGGCUACAAAUUGCUACGGCCUCAGCAGAUCCACAUAGUUUCACAGACUCUUAAAUAACAAAAGAUUCAGAUUGAACACUGAUCCCUUUAGGAGGAAUGAGGUCGAGUGGGUCCCAGCGUGUCCUGACUUGCAGUGAAUGUGUAGCCACCAAUGUUUCUCUGUAAUCUAAACGUACAAUGGAGGCCGGGUUGGCCGUCAGCCAGGACAAGGCCAUGGAAAUGCCAACGUCUUCCUUUUGAUUCUUCAGACUGAGGAUUUUAAACUGGAUGUUGUUCAUAUCUCAUUGGCUCAAUAUACCUGAAAGCUCCACACGGAUUCUAUUUUUGUAUGAACUGUUCAGUCGAGCACGUGGGAAACGGUUACGUCUUUGUGCCAUGAUGUCAUUCAGUAUUACCGUCGAACAAACGUGACAGUAUUCAGAACGUGUGAUGUGUGACUCAGAACAAAAAAGAGCGGUGUCAUCCAUUUGAUCUGUAUGAGAUACAAGGGAACUGAGGCUGACACGAUGUGUUACAAACUGUUAUUACCAUUAUUACUCACACCCUUAUUUUAUUGACGUGAUUUAGGAGCGUGUUUGUCAUCACACAUUUUUUUAAAAAGAACAGUACAGAUUAAACUCGAGCUGCAGUUUUAAUCUAUAAGAUGUUCAUUUUUUAAGUUUAUUUCUGCAGUGUAACAUGUUUUUCUUGCACUUCUUUAAAAACAGGUGGAAAACAUUGCACACAUGCCUUUAUCAUAACCACUUAGGCUCUUAAGUUAAGAUGUGAGAUCAGUGGUUGAAAUAUGUCUUUGAACGUUGAGAUACCCGUUCAACGUGGGAUGUUAAAGGGACAGCUUGUCGUCACAGGAACCUUUCUUGCUGAGAGUUGAAUGAGAAGCUUGAUGCGUGUUAUACACUAUAUGUGAAGCACAAGUCAGCUUGACUUGUUGGUUUGAUCUUUUAACGCUAAGCUAAGCCAACUGGCUGUUUGCUGCUGCAUUUAUAUGUGUCAUACAGAAACAAGAACGACUUUUCAACAAUUUUCAUUUAACGCUCAUCCAACUUUUUCUACUGCUUAACGUCCAGUGUGAUGUACAGAUGUGAUGUGGGGAUGUUGAAAUGCCAGUUUGCAAGCGAAAACAACAAAUGUGUCAGUGGAGAUGUUCUGUCACGCAGGUGAGCUUAUCUGGAGGUUGAGUCAAGGCAACUGGAAUUUUGUCUUGGGUUGAAAUGUUUUACUCUUCAUCCAAGUAGUUUCAUCAUUCUGAUCUGACCCACCUCUCAAAUACAUGCCAUCAUCUGCAUAUGCAGCCAAAACAAUUUUUUUUAAUUUGUAAACAGCAUCAUCAGUUACAGCUAUUUACAGAAGUUUGUGUUAAUUAACCCUUUGUUUAUACCUUUACAGUCUAGUAAUAAAGCAUCUGACCCUUUUGUACAAAAUACAUUUAUAUAUUACAAAAUCAUACAUUUGAUACUGCUAUGAAAGUAAAACAGUUAUAUUGUAGUGUUUAAACGUAUAAUUAUUUCUAUUCAUUAAUGAAAAAACCUCUCAAGUCAUAUUUUGAUGGUUAAUAUAAGACGUUUCUUAUCUUACAACAAUGUUUUAAGGUACAUAGCCAUACAGUCGUAACCAUGUCCUUCAAGUCUUCAUAACGAUAUAUCUUCUGUUGCUGACUUCAUAAUGUGGUCGUACUUACACUCUGUAAGGCUCUGUAUGUCUGUGUCCGUAAUCCUUUCUGUGAAAGGACCUCCCUUCUGGAAAAAAUGAAAGAUUUUUCCUAAUCAUAUGUUUUUGUCGCCCAGUAGUAAAAGAAAAUAAUUUGUUUUUAUGAAGUCUAGUUUGUGCCUUUUGGUACUAAUGCCCACGCUAUUCAAUAAAAAGGUACAUUUAACUGCCAAA